AUGGAUCGGGAUGUUACAACCGCGCUCCUAUUUCUAGCAGGGAUAAUCAAAUAUUUGGAGCGCACUUCUUCUUUGUAUUUUGCAAGCAAGGAUAAAUUCAGAGAUUCCAUGCUCAGAAAUCCAGAUCCUGGUGUCAAUUAUAACAAGCUUUCGGAGGUACUUUCAGAGAAAUCAGACGAAAUCAGAAAAAAGAAAUUAUCUAAACAUAAAGGAGAAACUGAGGUUACGGAUAUGCGUCAGGAAAAAAGAGGCUUAGAUGAUGUCAAAUUGGUGGAGGAGGCUUACGAGUUUUUUAAAAUCCUCAAGAGACUUAUUGUUGAUCUCAUCCUCAGCUUCAAGGAGCGCGAUGAGAGUCGAAACUUUUUCAAUAGCAUAUCUGCAGAAGAUGCUUUCAAAGUAAUGGCAGGAGAGCUCAACUUCUUCUAUGAAGUUCUCUACAUGAAAGUAGUGAUUGUUCACUCCAAGUGGGGUAUGUUUUUCUGCUUCAUAUCAUUUAGUUCAGUUGUGGUAUCCAUUACUAUCUUCCAUUUCCAGGUAAAAAAGUAUGCUUUCAACAAGUUUGGUGUUAAGCUUACUUAUUCUCUGUUGUUUGGUGCCAUAGGACUCGAUAUAUUAUCAUUCUUCAUGGCCAUUUUCUCAAACUGGACAAUGGUGACUGUCCUGGAGGAAUUCACUAGGCUUAGAGAAAGAUCACCUCAUUGGGCAUUGAAUCUCUUCAGAAUAUCACCUCAAUGGGCAUUGAGUCUCUUCAGAAACUUUCUCAGUCGAAAGAAAUCAAAGAAGGUUGAUCUUGAACCAGACAAACAUACAACUUUGACUGCGGCCCUUCUUUUUUGCAUGUGUUUACACGCUUCCGUUGUGAAUAACAAAUUGGUAUCAGAGCAAGGGAAUGGUAUUGGGUUCAAGCUCAAGCAUAGAGAUAUGAUGAUUGAAGGCACCCAAGAAUUUGAGAGAGAGGUCUUGCUAAUUACUGAGGAUUUAGCUCUGCCCAUUGAUGAGGGGCACUUGCCCAUUGCAGUGAAGAGAGGCUUUGGCCUAAGGUGGAGAAAGGACAUAGAAUUCAAAAGGAAGGGAUUCUUGUCCAUUGAUGAGAGGGCUCUAGCCUAUAUAGUUGAAGUUGGGACACAUCGGUGCAUAAAGACUGGACCUAAAAAGGUCACUCGGUUUUCGUGCAUUGAUAAAGCCAUCUUGCGCCUGAAUGCUUUCAAAGAUCGACUCAUUGAUCGUGUGGGCCUCAAGGAUUUUCUGGAUGAGAUAAGAUAUGUUUCCAGCGAGUCACUGACAAUGGAGCUCUGGAAAUAUAUUUUCGGCGAGCUGCAAAAGAGAUCUCGGUUGAUAGAUGAUGCAGAAACUGUCAGGAAAAUAUGUUCGGCUAGAGGUGGCUGGGUUCUUCAAAAUAAUGGUUUGGAUAAACAAAGGAGUGACGAAUUAAUAGCUUAUGUUCUUGCUGUCCCUUAUGACGAGAGCAUCCUGAUUUGGCACAUUGCAACUGAGCUCUUGAUCAAUGAUAAAAAGGAGAGAGAAAAGAGUAAUGAAAAAGAAUUCAGUAAAAUUUUGUCAGAUUACAUGCUGUAUCUUCUAAUUAUGCAGUCGACGAUGAUGGCUACUGUGGCAGGAAUUUGUAAGGUAAGGUUUAAAGAUACCUGUGCUGAUGCUGAAAGAAUUUUUAGAAAGAGAGGCAUAAGAUCAUAUUAA